AUGGGUGGUGUCACCAGAAGUCCACGUGAGCGAGGUUCGGAAGUCCCCUCGGCAACCCAGAGAAUGAGCCUGACCUCUCCAGAACUUUUAGAAGCAGUCCAACUCCCACUGGGGAAGGUAACUCGGACCAGCUACCGAAAGGCAAUCUCUCAGACCUGUCCAGUUGCCCAGUUGUCCAAGUGUGCAGAGAACUUCAAGGCUGCACCUUUUAGGAGUUGUCACCUGUGUUGGGGCCUUGAUGUUAAAAGUGAAGCGUGUCAGCGAUUUUUCCGAGAUGGGCUAACAAUCUCAUUCACAAAAAUCCUUACAGAUGAGGCAGUGAGUGGGUGGAAGUUUGAGAUUCAUAGAUGUAUUAUUAACAAUACUCAUCGCCUGGUGGAGCUAUGUGUGGCUAAGUUGGCCCAAGACUGGUUUCCACUUCUAGAACUUCUUGCCAUGGCCUUAAAUCCUCAUUGCAAAUUCCAUAUCUACAAUGGUACACGUCCGUGUGAAUCAGUGUCCUCAAGUGUUCAGGUGCCUGAAGAUGAACUCUUUGCUCGUUCUCCAGACCCUCGAUCACCAAAAGGUUGGCUAGUGGAUCUCCUCAACAAAUUUGGCACUUUAAAUGGAUUCCAGACAUUGCACGAUCGUUUUAUUAAUGGAUCAGCAUUGAACGUUCAGAUAAUUGCAGCCCUUAUUAAACCAUUCGGACAGUGCUAUGAGUUUCUCACUCUUCACACAGUGAAAAAGUACUUUCUUCCAAUAAUAGAAAUGGUUCCCCAGUUUUUAGAAAACUUAACUGAUGAAGAACUAAAGAAAGAAGCAAAGAAUGAAGCCAAAAAUGAUGCUCUUUCAAUGAUUAUUAAAUCUUUGAAGAAUUUAGCUUCCCGGGUUCCUGGACAAGAAGAAACUGUAAAGAACUUAGAAAUAUUUCGGUUAAAAAUGAUACUUAGAUUAUUGCAAAUUUCUUCUUUCAAUGGAAAGAUGAAUGCACUGAAUGAAGUUAAUAAGGUCAUUUCUAGUGUGUCAUACUAUACCCAUCGGCAUGGAAAUCCUGAGGAAGAAGAGUGGCUUACGGCAGAGAGGAUGGCUGCCACCCCUGUGAAAGGUUCUUUGGACCCCAGGAGGGUUGCGACCCCACGGGUUGAAAACCGCUUUGAGGGCUUUCCUGCUGUUUGUAUCUGCAGCUGUGCUUUAAAGAUUUGCAUGCCAUUCAUCCCUCAUGCCCAAUUCUCACUUCGAAGCUCACUAGAGGCUCCGUUCAGGAAGGGUACCCUUCCUUUCGGAAUUCUUGCUAGCUCUAAGUUCCACACCGGACAGUGA